AACCAAUAUUUAACUUUUUUUAUCUCAGGCUGCAGCUCCACCAAGACAAUUGGUUAACGUAGGCUCCGAUAGAGCAAUGCAUCAACCACAGGCAGCAGAUGCAGCCACACCUGAUAAUGUUGCACAAAUGCUUAGCAACACUCAUAUUAACAAAGCUACACCUAAACCCCCACUUCCACAAACUGCCAAAUAUGUUCCACCUUUCUCCAAUAAGAACCCGGGAUUUCAGUUCGCUAGCAUUGUAGACAUCGAGCACAAGAAAUAUUUGAUGUCAAUUGAACUUUUUAAAGAAGAAAAUAGAAGGGAAACUUUCAAGACCUGGAGCGCUGCCUUCAAUGAUGAGUUUGUGAAAGAGCUCGCUCGUUCUGGUUUCUUUUACCUUGGAAACCUGGAUCGAACCCAAUGUUUCUCAUGCAGUGGUGUGUUGAGGAACUGGCGAGCAUCGGACGAUGUGAAUGUUGAACAUUUCAGACAUUUUCCUCACUGCAAGAUGGGGUCAAACAGCGAAAGCAAGAAUGUUCCGCUUCCGCUUGAUCAUCCAAUUGAUGUGGAUGACAUCCCUGAACCUCCGGACCCGUCUCCAAAGGAGCAGGAGAAUCUUGUGAAGAUGUUUACGCUAGGAGCUCCCAUGAACCCCCACAUGAGGUCGCUAGAUGCAAGGGUCGCGACCUUUGACCGCCGAUGGCCGGCUAGGAAAGUCAAAGCUUCGGCGACCCACAUCGCAAAAGCCGGAUUCUAUUUCUUAGGUUCGUCAAGGUUCAUUUCUAUUCUAUAUAAGUGA